GUGCCUGGUUAUUUCUGUACACGAAGUAACAGGGAUAUGAACCAAGCAUAUUAUACCAACUAACCUUGUUAGCGUAAACUUGGUCGGACAAAUGGAGCAAAAAGACGUGUAUUACAACAAAGCAGAAUAUAUAGAAACUGUAAGUGUAGCAGAUCGUUGAUUUGAAACCCUACAUGAUUCAAUUUAGGCGUGUGCUUGAACCAUCUGGAGGCAUUCUCCAUUCUUCACGAGGAGUUAAACUUGUUUAUUUGUUACUCAGGCAUCAGGAAAUAAAGUAAGCCGUCAGUCAGUUCUCUGUGGGAGUCAAAAUAUUGUUUUAAACGGAAAGGUAGGUCUUAAGAAAUCGGAGUGGUUAUUCACUGUCAUCAAAUAUCAUUGAAAGUUGUUUACUGAUCAACAAUAUUAAUCCCUCUUUCAGACAAUCAUUCAAUCGGAUUGUAUUUUACGUGGAGAUCUUGCAAAUGUCAGAAUCGGAAGACAGUGCGUGAUCAGUAAAAGAAGUGUAAUUAGGCCGCCAUUUAAGAAAUUCAGCAAAGGGUUUGUGUUGUUUUUUGUUAUUAACCCUCUUUGCCCAAACAUCAGUAUGCAUAUUCUCUUUACUGUUCUUUAUACAUUUGCUAAAGUACUGACAAGGAGAACUUGUUUAACAAUCAAGAGCUUCUUUGGUAGGUGAUCACUUCCUUUAUUCUCCUGACCUUAAUAUGUGAUUCAGGGGUGAUUCUGUAAGGAGAAAUUAGAUGCUGGUCAUUUGAAGAGGUCAAAGGGUUAACAUUUCUUAACAUUUCUGCCUUAUUAAUUAUUAGUUAUUAUUAAGUAAUUACUAGGGAAGAUGGCAUUUUUUUUACAACUUAAUGGCUUGUUUUUCAAGUGCUAGAACUAUACUGUUAUAUCUUAAGAAUACUUAACUGAUUGUGCUUCUCUUCUGAUUUGUAUUUAGAGUUGCAUUCUUUCCCCUCCAUAUUGGAGACCAUGUUAUUAUUGAAGAGGAUUGUGUCAUCAAUGCUGCUCAAGUUGGUUCUUAUGUCCACAUAGGAAAAAACUGUGUAAUUGUAAGUAUACGUUAUAAACAGUAGAUUACUAAAUUAAUACUAACUAAACUUUCUGCUGAUGAGAAUAUCUUCUUUUGAAUAAUACUGGUCUAUGUGUCUACCUAGUUCUAAAAUGCAUUAAUUAACUUACAGCCUGUAUGCAAUUUGUCUUGAAUAUGUUGGGUUGAAAUGCAUUCACAUUUUUCAAGAUCAUAUUUCUUCCUAAGCUAACAUUGUAUUACCUUGGUACUAAAUUUUCUUCAUCUGAAAAAAAGAAGGAUUAAGCCACAGAUUUGAAGUCCUCAUAUUUAUAUUCCUUAAAUUUUCCUUUACCAUAUGUUAAUGAUCUGCUGGACUAGCCCCUCUCUCAAGAAUAUUUGGAUGACACCUAACAAUAAAGUCUUGAGAUGAAUUUUUCAAUUUGGACAGAAAAUGUGGAAUUCAAAAUUUCACAUCAUGCUGCUCCUCUUAUUUUUUAGAGGAGUUAUUUUAAAGGAUCAAAUCAAAACUGCCCAAGAAAUACAAAUAAUAAUUGCAAUUAUUGAAGUAAAGGAUUACUGUUUCUCUGUUUGAUGUCUUUUUAAGGGUCGCCGAAGUGUAUUAAAAGAUUGUUGUGCUAUAGCUGAUAACACAGUCCUCCCCCCUGAAACUGUUGUUCCACCUUUUACUCUGUAUUCAGGCUCUCCAGGUAUGUCACCAAUUUGUCUGUUCAACUUUAGUUCCCGUUAUGACUAAUUUGAACUGAACCACCUCCUCAUUUGGCUCUGAUGCUUACUUCUCCUCAGGUUAACAAAACUUAAGCCUUGAUCAACAACAACAAUUCCUCCAGAGAAUACAUUCACCUGAUUGUUCUAAUCAUAUGGUGCACACCCCUAUUUCUUCAUUGUAACAAAAUCCUGCAUAUGUCAUCCAACACUUUGAUUAGUCUGUGCCCUUAACCCUUCAAUUCCCAGAAGUGAUUCACAUGUAACCUCUCCCUAAAAUAUCCAUCCACAAUCUAGCAAACAGGUAAUGAGAGUACUCGAAUGUAUCAGGUAGAAGUUGUUAUCUUGAUCUAACACCAAAUUCCUGCAACUAAUUUACAAGGAAAUGUGUAGCAGCUAGAGGGGAGAAUUAACAAUCAGAUCCUGGGAGUUAAAGGGUUAGGGGAUUUUCAUCAGAAACCCUGGAGAAUAUUUGUUGAUAACUGAACACAAACAUUAAUCUCCUCAAACAUAGUACUUUUUAUGGGUGUUCUGUCACACUAGUCUGUUAGUUUCUUUGUUUUACCCUAUUACUUUGGAUGACUUUUUCUCCUUAAAAGCUUCAGAUUUUACAUAGUUAAUGUGAUUUAUCAUAGAUGAAUCACAGACCAGCAAUUAAAAGACACAAGAGAAAUGUUUUCAAAUUGGAUCAAUGAUAAUUAGCGUAUAGUAAAACAGUGAUUAGCAUUGAAGGCGUGCUCUGAUUGGCUACUCAAAGUCCAAAUAUCCUUUGUUAUUCACCUCCAAGCAAGUCAAGCAGGAUUUGCACCUGAAAAUAUUUUAAUCCUUAAAUGACUAAAUGAGUUAAAAUCAUCUUUUUGUGCUAUAUUAACUCACUGUUUUAAUAUCGCAUUUUACUAAAGUUACUUUUCACCUCAAUGUCAGUGGCCAGUGGUGUUCCACCAUAAGCGACCCUCACUUUGGUGUUUAGAUGUUAAUUAUAACAAAGCGAAACAACUCACUUAUGGUGCUUUCUUGUCAGGUGUGUUCUCAGCAGAAUUACCAGAAUGUAUGCAGGAAAUUAUGACAGAGAAAACAAAAGACUAUUACCAACACUUUCUACCCAUUUCAGAAGAGAAAUGACGAUCAGACGACUUCAUAGCCUAUCUAUUUAAACAAUUAGGCAAGUUUUUGUGAUUAUGAAAAUAUAAAACAAAGGCAGAAGGUUGUGGGUUUUGUUGUGUGGAUCAGGAGGUUUCCUCCAUUCAUUGGUUUUCUUUAUAAUCAAAUUAUGGAAUGUAAUUCAUUAGCCAUAAUAGAAGUAAGUUCUCUGAUAAAUGAUCACUGUUUCAUGCUGGGGGGUCCUCUGGUAGAUAUUUAAUUUGUAAAAGCCAAUGAUAUGAAGUAUU